AUGACUGUCAAAUCGUCCUGGUUUUCGGCUACGGCCCGAUACCCGGAACCAUGGCUAACUAAUAAGGCCAAGUGGCCUCAGUUGGGCGUGCAGCCGCAAAACCUGCACGAGCAUGCAACCCAACUCAUAGCAGAAGCGACAGCACUGCUAGCUCUAGACAAAGGACAACGCCAGAAACUACCAGAUCGGUCACUUGAAUCCUUUCUAAACAGUGUACAAGCUUAUGCCAAGAAAUCCAGAGCAGCUCCGUCCUCCCACGAGAUCCUCGACAAGCUCAACCAAAUCCAUCACAUAGCGAAGACAACCAUCACAGACGACCUCACCCUCAUCAAGAACGCGGUCAACCAUGCAGCAACGCACCCGACAGCCAGAAACCCAACCUGGGCCGACAGAGUCAGGUCCGGUGGCACGCCCCCCCAGCCCAGAACGCCUCCACCCGCACAAACGAACAGCAAGGAGAGGGAGAUAAUAGUCAAACUACGCAACCCCGAGGCGGCUGCGCUGCUGCGAGACAAGACACCAGGAGAGCUACGCGAAAGAGUCAACAAUGCACUGAAGGAGCGAACACGCAGCACGGAGCGACCGAUUCAGGUGGUAGCCGCCAAACAACUGAAGCGGAGACGUGUCUAUCCACACGACCCCGGCAACCAGUCACGAUCCAUCGAGAAGAUCCAAACAGAGAAUGCAACUUUACACCCUGGAGCAACGAUCACCUACGUGGGAUGGCUCACGAGGACGGGAGCAAAGAAACCGACUUCUUCACUGGUGUUAGAAUUCACCACCAAGGAACAUGCAGACCGAGCGAUCAGAGAGGGAUUGGUCCUGGAUGCCUGCUACCAUCACUGUGAACUCUACGACAGAAGCUGCAAGCUGAAGCAAUGCUACAAGUGUCAGAAAUACGGCCACAUUGGAACUCAGUGCAACGCCAAUGAAACAUGCGGAUACUGUGCAGAACCCCACAACACGAGGGACUGCCGAAAGAAAGAAGAAGAUCCAAACUCUACACCCAAGUGUGCACUCUGCAAAGGGCCACACGCAGCGUGGAGCAACAACUGCCUCACCCGCCAAGCAGAGACAGCGAAGGUUGAACAAGCAAGGAGAAAUCGACCUUCUUACUACAUCAGACCCGACGCCGCAAGCAAGGUGGCACAGCCUGCCACCCGCCCUACCAUACCCCCGUUCACCAGCGGUACCCUACGACGAACCCUGGACCAACGCAAGCGUCCCGCGGAAACCCUGCCGACUGAACGCACCACUGCACGACUGAGACGGAACCCGCAGUCGACCACGUUUCGCAACUUCACGCAGGAAGAUUCCGAAGUCUUUGUGCUGAACAAAGAGAGCCUGCACAGAGCGAUGGAGGACCGGGAAAGAGAAAUGAGAAUCGAAAACGAGGAAUACACCCCGAACAGAGACUCGCCGAUAAUGACUCGCUCCAGAACCGCAUCCCAGCAACCCCCUUACAACGUCAGAAAGUCCAAGAACAAGGUCAUGGCCAGCCUGCUGAAGGAUGGGAGCAUCAAGGAGUUCGACGUGAUUGCAAUACAAGAACCGUGGCGGAACAAUUUCACCAACACAACCCACUACCCACGACCUCAAUCCUUCGAUCUGGUGUACUUGGACGACCCAGGCACUAGGACGUGCAUGUUUAUAAACAGAAGAAUACCGCGCGGCAGAUGGACCGCAACUACCCCCUCUCCUGACUUCUGCACUGUCUCCAUCCAGUGCACCGAGGCGCCCGAGGACACAAUCCAUAUCCACAACCUCUACAAUCCGGAGACCAGCACAGGGAACAGCACCAUCCCCCUCCUGCGCAGAACGAUAACCGAAGCCAACAGUGAGAAACAAAUCGUGGUUGGGGACUUCAACCUCCACCACCCACUCUGGGGAGGCACAGGUAGCGACCGGGACGCUGAGGCGGAAGAGUUGGUCACACUCAUGGCCGACCAACAACUGGAACUCCUGAUCCCACAGGGCACCGUCACGUACGAUGAACACAAUAGACAAACCACGAUCGAUCUCGCUCUCGGUACACCGUGGAUUCACGAGAGGAAGGCCUACUGCGGGCUCAGGGAAGAUCUCGACCACCAAUCGGACCAUCAACCAAUCGCCGUAACAAUCAUGACAGCGGUUGAAACAUGCGACCCGCCCGACCAAUGGCAAUGGCAACGGACGAACACACAAACACUGGAGCUAGAACUCCAGAGGAACCUACCCCACCCAACCGUCUUGGACUCAGAGGCGUCGGUGGACCAAGUACAAGGACUAGUUCACGCCAUAACAAGGGCCAUCGAUGCCUCCACACCGAAGGCCAAACCAAGCGACCGCUCGAUCCCCGGGUGGACACAGGAGUGCAAGGAAGCACAGAGGACAGCGAGACGCCUUCGAAGACGAUACCAGAAGACGCGCCUCGAGAGCGACUGGGAGGCAUACUGCCAAGCCAGGAACUACAAAGGGAGACUCAUCAAAAAGACACUCCGCGACGCUUACCGAGCAAGGGUAAGGGAGGUGAGCGACUCGCCACACGGACUUUGGAAGCUGGCUAGAUGGGCCCGCAGGCGAGGGACAAGACAGGCGUCCACACCACCUCUGCGCCGAAGCGACAACGGCCUGGAGCACAACCACCAAGCCAAGGCAAACUUGUUCAAAGAGACGUUCUACCCAACCCAACCUAAUGUGGAUUUGUCCGACACUGCAAACCAAAGGUACAGCGACCAACUUACCUUUCCCCCUAUCACAGAACAGGAGAUAACUCGAGCAAUCGGAUCCAUGGCCGCCAAGAAAGCACCGGGACAGGACGGCAUCCCGGCACACAUACUUCAACAACUGCUCCCCUACCUGACACCUCAUCUACUACAGAUCUACAACGCAUCCCUGGACCUACAAUACUGCCCAGCGCACUUCAGACAAGCCAAGACGGUGGUGCUACCCAAGCCCAACAAGAAAGACCUGUCAGAGGUGAAAUCGUACCGCCCGAUAGCCUUGCUGAACACCCUUGGUAAAGCCUUGGAGUCCAUCCUGGCAACAAGGAUCUCUCAGGCGGUCGAAGAACACCAGCUCCUCCCACGCACGCACGUAGGGGGAAGAAAGGGAAUGUCAACGGAACACGCGCUUCAUGGACUGAUGGAGCUGAUCUAUCAGUCUUGGGAUAACGAUCAGGUAGCCAGUCUCCUCCUGCUGGAUGUAACAGGCGCCUUUGAUCAUGUCUCUCACCCCAGGCUUCUGCACAACCUGCGCAAGAGAAGAAUGGAUGAGAAGAUAGUUGGGUGGGUGGCAAGCUUCCUACAAAGCAGAACAACAACUAUACAGCUGCGGGAGUACACAACAGAACCUCUUCAUGUGGAGACCGGGAUCCCACAGGGAUCUCCGAUCUCUCCAGUGCUCUACCUCUUCUACAACGCUGACAUCCUGGAAGACGCGCCCCUCCGGGUGACCGGAGCAGCGGCCGGAGGCUGGAUCGACGACAUCUACUUCUUCACCAGCAGCUGCACCACCGACGAGAACUGUAGGAAGUUAGCAAGAAUGCAUGGACGGGCGGAGGCAUGGUCGGCCACUCACGGAUCAAAAUUCGACCUCAAAAAAUACCAAUUCAUCCACCUCACGCGAAAUCCAAGGAGACACGAUGUACAACGGGCCUUGACCAUAUCGGACCUAACGAUUGCUCCGACGAAAGAAGUCCGCUACCUGGGCGUCAUGUUGGACCAGCAGCUUCGAUGGGGCCCUCAGAUACAGCACAUCGAAAGCAGGACGUCGCUGACGUUAAAUGCCUUGAGGUCCCUGGCAGGUUCAACGUGGGGAUCAGCGCUGGCCACGCUAAGGCUGGCAUACCUGGCCAUAGUGGUCCCACAGAUCACAUAUGCCUGCUCCGUGUGGCAUACACCGCGCGGCGAAGUAGGACUCACAAAAAAGAUGCGCACGACCCUUGACAGGAUUCAACGAGAAGGGGCGAGGAUCGUAGGAGGCGCAUACCGAGCAGCGUCGGGCGCGGCCUUGGACGUCGAGCUCUUCAUAACGCCCCUGCGUCUGCAGCUGGAGGAGCGAGCACACGACGCAGCACUGAAUAUCCUCACCGGCAGCCGGUUCCAGAACGAAGACGGCAACAGCACCUCAGCAUGGACCCCACCGAUACGCGGAGACUCCCCCGUCAGCCCCCUAACGCGCCUCUACAACAGCCUCGUGAUGAAACUGGGAGAAGGAGCGGUCAGUCACCUGGAGUCGCGGAUCCCAUUCCCGGUAAAGCCGUGGUGGAGAGCGCCCACGGUCACUAUCAUGGAAGGUCGAGAAGCGGCGGAACGACUGCACACACAUAUUAUCAGCGGAGCUGACCCACCACUGGCAGUCUACACUGACGGUAGCGACAUACACGGGAAAGUGGGGGCUGCUGCAUUAGCGCCGUCGAUCCACACCCAAGAGCUCGCUUAUCUCGGCAAGGAAACAAGCACCACCGUCUAUGCAGCCGAGCUUCUUGGCAUUCACAUGGGCCUAAACCUAAUCCUAGCGUCAGGCCGGCGCAGAGCAGCAAUCUUCACGGACAACCAGGCAGCCCUAAAGGCUCUCCAAAACCCCAGAAGAUCAUCCGGCCAAUCCAUACUUCGGAGGAUCAUGGAUACUCUAGAGAGGGUCAACUCCCAGGGCCUCCAGGUGGAAUUCUACUGGAUCCCGGCGCACCAAGGAAUCGAAGGCAAUGAAUUGGCGGACAAGCUCGCAAAGGAAGCGACGGGUUGCAGACAACAACGAGGUAGACGUGGGAGGAUGAUCACAGUGAACACCGAGGACACAGCAGACACUCCUGAUUUCUUAAGGCACCUGAUAUCCGCAGCCAAGUCGGAACUUCACCGCCAGACCCAGGCACAGUGGGAGCGGGACUGGGAAAACGAGUCCUCAGGGCGAGCCACCUACGCGCUCACACCAGCACCAGGUCCUACUGUCCUCCGUCUGCACCACUCCUUACACAAGGCCCUCAGCUCCACCAUCGUCCAGAUGCGCACCGGCAAGAUUGGACUACGAGAAUUCCUCUACAUAAGAAAGGUGCCGGAGAUCACCGACACCCUAUGCGAAUGCGGAAACAAUCAGACAGUACGACACGUCCUCCUGGCGUGCCCUAAAUUCAACAACCUCAGAGCGGAAACAUGGGAAGACACCGAGGGAAGAAGGGAAAGACUGGAUCUCAAGGAGAUCCUGACCACGCCUAAGCUAGCUAAGAAGGCUGCAAGAUUUAUGAUCUUAACUAGACUCCUCGGGCAAUAUGGAGAAAUUACGGAGGACAAAAUACGAUAA